AUGGCAGCGCCGGUGACAAAGCUUCAACAGGUGAAGCUCCCCAGCGGACCUUCUCCUUUAACCCCCGAACAACAAUACUGGAAAGGGUUCAGAUCCUCCCAAAACAUCCCUUCUCAGUCGCCCAUCACCCACAUCUCCUUCCCUCCACCGCCGAGCAAUGCCCUUCUUCCGUCGAACAAUGACCACUUCGUUGUCACUACUGGUACGCGAGUACAGAUCUUCUCCAUACGAACCCGAAAACUCGUCAAGACGAUAACUCGAUUCGCGGAUAUUGCACACAGCGGAGAGAUUCGACGAGAUGGCCGGGUUAUGGUGGCUGGUGAUGAGACAGGGAAGAUCCAGGUCUUCGAUGUAAACUCCAGGGCAAUUUUGAAGACAUGGGAGGAGCACAAGCAGCCAGUGUGGACAACGAAAUUCUCACCUACUGAAUUGACAACGGUCAUGAGCGCAAGCGACGAUCGCACAGUCCGAUUGUGGGAUCUCCCGAGCCAAGAGAGCACAACCACAUUCGUUGGACAUUCAGACUACGUGCGAAGCGGAACUUUUAUGCCGGGGACAAUGUCAAAUAUGAUAUUAACAGGUAGUUAUGACGAGACGGUCAGGCUUUGGGAUCCAAGGAUACCAGGAAGAGCUGCGAUAAUCUUCAAGCAUGCUGCGCCGAUCGAAGCAGUUCUCCCUAUGCCUUCAGGUACAACUGUUCUGGCUGCGGCAGAUAACCAAAUAUCAAUCCUCGAUCUUGUAGCCGGCAAGCCACUACAAUUACUCAAGAACCACCAAAAAACGGUCACAUCACUUUGCUUGGCCUCGAAUGGGACAAGACUCGUUAGUGGAGGUUUGGAUGGGCAUAUUAAGAUCUUUGAGACGUCGGGAUGGAAUGUAGUUGCUGGGUCUAAGUAUCCUUCGCCAGUCCUCGCAGUCAAUGUCAUCAGUGCAGGGGCGAACCGAGAAGACAAGCACUUGGUGGUGGGUAUGCAGUCUGGAGUGUUGUCUAUCAAGAUGAAGCUUUCGGGACAGCAAAAGGUGAAAGAGCGAGAGAGAGCGAAGGAGAUGCAAGCUCUGAUUGAUGGAACAUUGGGUGACUACGACAAGGAUAAGAAGAAGCGAACAAAAGGUAUCGAGAAGAAGCUCCGAGGCAUGGAUUUUGUGGGAGAGGGAGUUGAUGUUAUAAUUGAAGGUACUGAUCGUCGCAAAAGAAAGCGGCAGGCCCCUUGGGAACAAGAUCUCAGGCAAGGAAAAUUCGGCCGAGCACUGGACACAGCAUUGGAGACAGGAUUGCCCUCCGUGACUAUCCUUACACUCCUUACAGCUUUACGACACCGAAGCGCGAUGAGAAUUGCGUUGCAGGGCCGGGACGAAAACACCGUCCAGCCAAUAUUCAAAUGGGUCAUAAAACACAUCACCGAUCCUCGAUAUGUCAGUAUCUGUGUUGAUUCUGCUUUGCUGUUACUGGAUAUUUAUUCCGAGCAUGUGGGUGGAUCGCCGGAGCUGGAGAAGAACAUCAGGGAGCUGCAUCAACGAGUACGAACUGAGGUGGAUCGAUCACAACAAGCAUGCCAGACAAGUGGUAUGCUGGAAAUGUUGAUGACAGGGAUGCCUUGA